AUGCUGGGUUUACGUCGUUCUGCUAGAGUUGCUGCUCAACCUCAACCACCUAAAACUGAGGAACCACCAGUUAAAAAGGCUAAAAAACCUUCGAAAACAAAUAAUAAUAAAACCCCACAGUCAGAUGUGAAAAAAAAAGAAGAAAAAGAAGAGAAACCAGAGCCAACUGAAACUAAAGAUGAAGAAACAUCAGUUGAAUUAGAAGUGGGUGAUAAAUUACCAAGUAUAAAAUUAUUGAAUCAAAACGAUGAAGAAGUAGACUUACAAGCUGAAUCUCAAAAGCAUAAAUAUUUAAUUAUUUUUGCUUAUCCAAAAGCAUCAACUCCUGGAUGUACUAGACAAGUUUGUGGAUUUCAAAAGAAUCAUAAAUGGUUUACUGAUAAUAAUGUUGCUGUGUUUGGGAUUUCUUCAGAUACACCAAAAAAUCAAUUAAAUUUUGUUCAAAAACAAGGUUUAGAAUAUGAUUUAAUUAGUGAUCCUGAAAAAAAAAUUAUUGGUUUAUUAGGAGCCAAAAAAUCUCCAAGUGGAAUUAAAAGAUCUCAUUGGAUUUUUGUUGAUGGAGUUUUAAAAGAUAAGGAUUUACAAAUUUCUCCUGAACAAAGUAUUGAAGGUGCAAAAGAAGCUAUUGAAAAUUAUAUUAAAGAAAACGAUGGUGAUGAAAAAAAAGAUGAUGAAGAACCUAAAAAUGGUGAUGAAGAAAAUAUUGAAUUGAAUUCAAAAGCUAAAGUACAAGAAGAAGAUGGAGGUUAUAAAGAAGAUGUUGAAGAUUUGAAGACAUGA